CAACUUUAUCUCUACUUAGUGGGACUAUAUCUGGGUAUCUCAAGUAUUCUGAACAAUGGAGAUUAAACUUGUGUUUCUCGUGUUUGGAAUAAUAGCAUUUCAUAUUCACCACGCUGAUGGUGAUGCCAGUAUGAAUCUCAAGGUGUUAGUCAAGGACUAUUUUGAAUGGAGGAUGUCGGAGAAGCCCGAACAAUCGACUUAUAAAUCUUUUUCUAAAUACAAUGAUAUACUGGAUUCAAUGAAGGAAUCGGGGUUCGAAAUUACUAAAAACCGAACCGAGGUAUUCCUGACAGGACUAAGGGGAAUAACUCGUGAUGAAUUAAGUCAACAAGAGAAAAUAAGCUAUGAUAUUUUAGAAAACAUGUUGACGACUUUUUUAGAUGGUUAUAAAUGGAGAUAUUAUAAUACUAUAAACCCGAUGAACCUUUUGGACGGUCCUCAGUAUAAUCCUUCUCACUUCCAUAAAAGUUUCCCCUUUGAUACAGUUGGAGACUUCGAAAACUACGUGGCCAGACUUCAAAGAUUUCCAAAUCAGCUGGAUGAGAUCAUUACUUUGUUUAAUUUAUCUAUAUCUAAACAAACCACUUAUCAUGCUGUAUCUUUGACUCUAGUAUUUAAUCAGAUAGAUAAAAUCUGUCCAGUUCCCACUAACUAUUCAAUAAAGUGUGGUUAUUUUACACCGUUUGUAAAGUCUAUAGACCAUAUACAUAUAUCAUCAGAGAAAAGAGAAGAUUUAAUAUCGAGAGCUAAGAUAGCUAUAGAUAGCAUUGUCUCAAAAUAUCAAGAAGUGAAGACAUUCUUACAAAGUGAGUACCUACCAAACACUAGAAAACAUUAUGGUGUAUUAAAUCUUGAGAAUGGUAGAGAGUAUUAUCAAGCUUGUUUAAAAUGGUAUUUGUCAUUAGAUUUGACCCCCGAAGAAGUUCAUCAAUUAGGUCUGAGAGAGGUUGAGAGGAUACAAAGCGAGAUGAUGAAGAUUGUGGAGAGAAAUAAUUUCAAUGGAACGGUGUCUGAAUAUUUCCUUUUUCUGAAAAAUGACAGCAGCAUGUUCUUCAACACAUCGGAAGCAAUGCUCAAGUCUUACAGUGACAUGAUUCAUAACCAGAUCGAUCCACUGUUGCCCAAACUGUUUAAAAAACUCCCUAAUCUUCCUAUAGUGGUGAAGGCGAUGACGUCAGAUGGUCCGGGAGGAAUGUAUUCUUCUGGGUCUGCUGAUGGAACUCAUCCUGGUAUCUUCUGGGCUAAUGUUCUCCGACCUCAAGAAUUUCCUAAAAUAACGAUGUUACCACUAGCUUUACAUGAAGCAUCUCCCGGUCAUCAUCUACAGUUCAGUUAUAAUAAAUUUAUCGACUCUCCAGAUUUUAGAAGUAAAAUGGAAUCAAGUUAUUUAUACAAAGUUCCAGUUGCUUUCCCAAGAUAUACAGCAUCCACUGAGGGGUGGGCAUUAUAUGCUGAAUCACUAGGACAUGAGCUUGACCUGUACAAAACAGAUCCUGAACUAUUAGGGCGUUACAGUUCUGAGAUGUUUCGAGCCUGUAGACUGGUUGUUGACACUGGCAUACAUUAUUACAACUGGACAAAAGAAGAGGCAAUAGAGUAUUUUUUGAAUUAUACGCUGCAGGCCAGGGCCGAUCUUGAAGUGGAAAUAGAUCGUUAUGUCACUUGGCCUGGACAAGCUUGUUCUUACAAAAUUGGUGAAUUGAAGAUUAAAGAACUCAGAGAGAAAGCUACAAAGGAACUAGGUGCCAAAUUUGAUAUCCGAGACUUUCACACAUUUAUAAUGGAAGGUGGAAUAGUUCCUUUAAAUCUACUGGAGAGAAAUGUUAAUGAAUGGAUCAAAAAACGACUUGCUGAAGAGACCAAACCCGGCAAACCGGAACCUGGACCCACGUGUUCAGCACCGAAUCAAUUACCAUUUCAUCAUUUAUUCAUUGUGUCUUUCCUUUCCUGUCUUUCAAUUUUAUCUCUGUUUUAAUCUAGUGUUUUAUAUUUCAUGUUACUUUGUGCUAUAAUAGUAUUCUAUAUAUAAUCGCAUAUCAUAAUCAUUAUUGUUUUGUUUUUUCGUCAUGUUCUGUUCUAUUGUAAGGUAGGUAAUUAGACGACAGGUUUACAGUCGCUUCCAGCGGACGCUGAUCGCCAAUUAGGUAGUUGUCAUAGUAGUUGGUAGCUGUAUUAGUUCAAAUUGAAUUAGUCUGUGCUAUUUGGUAGUUGAUAAGUUCUGUUAUAAUCUGUUCGGGUUUAAAAAUACUAACACGCUACGCUAUACUAGGGGAUACAGCCAAUCAAAGCCCUUGACAGGCUCGCUAGCGUACAAUCCAACCAUAUCGCUGUAUUUACAAUUUACAAAUUUCCACGAUACGGCAAAGGUGGCUAUUGCAGUCAAGGUAUUAGACGCAGUUUGUAACAGACAAUGUGAAGAUGACAUGCGAGCAGCAAAACAAUGGUAAUUUUUGAAGGAUCUAGAAUAUACAGGUCUGGAAUUUUUUAGGCAGAUAUCUUUUAUCCCAAGCAAGGUGCAGUUCACCAUUUAGAGAUUUGCCUUAUUUAAUGAAUUUCACGCACCUAGAAGGUCAAACAUUUGUAUGUAAUAUAAUAUAUUAAAAGCUUGUUAAAUUUCUAUAGUCUUAAA